AUGUUGAGCUCAUGGUUCGGACAAAAGUCCAACGACACGGAACAACGGCGCACAAGUGAACUAUCGCGUGCGCCCUCACGUCCAUCUGGUUCAACUACCGCAGACCCCCGCUUGUCUCUCGAUAAGUCAGGCAGUAGACAUUCAUUCACCGCAUACACAACUCCUCACGACACCAUCCUAGCAGACCUUCAAAGGAGAAAUCGUAGUCCAGAAUCACCAUUUGAGACCCACUCCCCUCUAGAUGCCAAUGUUGAGGAGAAACCACGCUCUCGUGUCGAACUUGGUCUAAGUCCAACAUCGAGUGUAAACAUUGCCACCCCCAAACCCGCCGCUCAAGCCGUGGACGUCUUAUUUGAUCCUUUCGAAGGCACCUCUCAUGGUGUGCUGCUUCCUCGAGAAUCUAAUGGACACGAAGAGUCAUCUCGCCGUGUCGAUUCCGAAUGUAUCACCGCAGGCGCGGAUGAGAUAGUAUGGUCACACCUCUCUCGUGUGCUGAAAUUGCAAAGCCAGAUAGCGAACAUGCAUGUAAAAAUGGAAGGCAUUAGUCUUGGAAAGCCGGGAGACAGUAAGAAAGGCCAAGGACAACCACCAGGUGGUACGACGGAUGUGGAGGAUGACAAAAAAAUGUACAGUGCGGCGUUGAGGACGAGGCCGAGGGCAAUAAGCAAUGUAUCGACUAUCGGGACAGAAGGAGAGCCUGAAGGAGACGAAGAGGGCGUAAGCAUGGGCGACGAGGAGGCGGAGAAGAACAGGGCGAGAGAAGAAGAAUUCGCUAAACUGGCUGAUCAGUUUGAGGGCAAGAAGGACUCAAUCAAUGAAAUAAUGAACAAGCUUGCCGACCUUUCGAAGGCGCUAACGGAAUUCCAUACUCUUCAACCGUCAAGUGACCAAUUUCCUGGUUCACGAAAUAAUUCUAUAGGUACCACUUCUCCCAAUGCAGCGACUGUUGGAGACAUUAUCGACAAGACUCCACUCAAACAAACGACAGCACCAGAAAACCUUGUAUCUCCGUUCGCCAAUUCAAUGGAGGCAUCAACUGCAAACCUACCAGCAUCUUUAUCACGCGUCGUAACUCCACCGGCGCAACCGCAGGGGCGAGUCGUCCCAACUCUCCUCAUCAACUCCCUAGGUCCAAAGGCGCAGGUGAUGGAUAGUCCCGCAUCGACGCUUGGAAGUUUGAAAUUGCCGGGAGAGGAUUAA